UUCGCCAGGGAACAGGCACCUCCGACAUUCUUAUUGUCAGCUAUUCAAUACAGCCCUCACUUCUUACUUGGCCAAUCAAAAUUCACGCUCGGGAUGCCUUUUUCGUGCAUCGAAGACUCGAUGAUGGGAGCGGGGGCCAAAAACUAGAAGGUGUAUAGCAAACAUGUCACGGAACGACAUAAGGAGUGCAGUACUAUGCCACUACGCCACCAAAAGGUAACGACGAGUUAUCAAGUCGAGAGCUUGACGUCUCUGCACUCACUAUAUAGUACUGUACUGUGACAAAACAUCUCUCGAGCAAUGCUACAGUUACUUUUAGCAGCGUUCAGGAGAAAAAUUAUUAUGACCACUAAGAUACUGGAUAUAGCGCUUCUCGCAUUGAUUGGAAUGAUAUGUGAUCAGGCUGCCCACAAAACCAGGAUUCGACAUGAUAGCAUUCAAAGGAUUGUGCAGAAGCGCAGGGAUACAGACACAUGUAUUGGUAUUGGGUCCGCCGGCAUCCGGUGUGGUUUGCGACGGGCAAGAAUACCUCCAUACCUAUUCACACCCACUCUUUCGUUGCGGAGCGAAUCAGCUUUUACAGAGAGAGGAUAAAGUGCCCGUAAGCGAUCGUGUGGUUCGCGCACCACGUGGGCAUUCUCCUCGAUCGACAAAAGAUAGACAUUAGGACUUCCUGUUCCUUACUUUGUUUUCCCUGGUCUUGGAACACUGUGAAGCUCUCCAUUGCGCGGUGAACACGAUGGCAAAUUUCAAAGUUGUCAAUAGCCACCAGCUGUCGAUUGUCGUGGUUCCAAUUGUCACUGUUCUGUUUGCGACAGUAUGUGUCAUCCUCAGAUUUCGAGCUAGACACCUUCAGAAGGCCAAAUAUCAGUGGGAUGAUUGGAUUUGUCUCAUAUCCUUAGUCUUUACCUGGGCAUUCCAGGCUGUUAACCUGGCCGCCGUCUUUGUAGGCGGGGCGGGUCUUCCAAUUGCGACAGUAAUAGCGACUGACCUGGGCGCGGUCGUCACGUACCUGAAGAUCAUUCUUGUCAACUUCUCCCUAUGGGUAGUUACUGUAUCUUUAGUCCAGCUAUCGAUCCUAUUCUUCUACAUUCGAAUAUUCGGAAUCCAUAAGUUAUUCCGUCGACUGUGCUGGGCAAACAUCAUUCUGAUCUCCGCUUUUGGACUUGCCGGCCUACUCUCUGAGAUAUUUCACUGCAUACCCGUCAGCAAGUCCUGGAAUCCCAUGGAGGCUGGCACCUGUGUCGAUGGCAAGUCGUACUGCGCAUCGAUAGGUGUGAUCCACCUCUUUUUCGACUUGUCAAUCGUCCUUCUUCCGAUGCCUCUCAUUUGGAACCUCCGAGUGACAACCAGGAGCAAAUUCGUUCUAAGCGUCGUGCUCGCGCUCGGACUUGUGGCGACGUUGUUAUCACUUCUGAAGAUCUCCUGCAUCAUCGAUCUUACCGGCAUUCCUCAGGAGGACGUUACCGACUCGCUCUGGCUUACAAUCCUGCUACAGACGCUUGAGCUCCCGAUAGGCAUCAUCUGUUGCUGCGUACCCGUACUGAGGCCCGCGGUGCUGGAGUUGAAGCCUCUCUUUAACUCGUUCGCCAGCCGCUUGAUUUCGAUCACAAGGGGGUCCGGUUCCGGCAGCUCGCCCUCGAUCGCUAGGUCCUACUCUCAGAGCCUUGGAAGCAAAGCAAGCUCCAAGGUUGACCCUCACGGCUUUGUUCGGCUGCAUGAUGCUCAAACUGACAUGGGAACCAAAGCGACAGCCCAGGCGGAAGACGUGCAGAUGAACGAUUUGAAACCGUUGUCCCAACCCGCCGACGCGCCACAGUCGCAAAAUUCCAUCAAUAUCACCAACUCUUACAGCGUUAGCCGAUACUAG